AGGAACAUAGUGAUACUUCCCACCGUACCCUCUCUCCCACUCAUACUGCCACACUUCUUCCUCCACCUUCUCCAAUUCCCACUCUUAAUUUUUACAGAGAUCUAUUUUCAGUUUACUUUAUACUUAUAAGGUUAACCCUACUCUAAGUAAAGAGUUCAACAAAUAGAACCUGCGGGUGGACGAUCGCUCCGUGGAGUGGGACGCCAUGGGCGGGAAGGUGUAGGACAUCAAGAAAGAUGGCAAGGGGCGGACGGCGUCUCCUGUCAACUCCCCGGCCAGGGGUAACCCAUCUCCCAAGAGGAUGCCCUCCAGUCGCGGGGGACAGGAUCGUUUCACGGCUGAGUCCUACACGGUGCUGGGGGACACGCUGAUCGAUGGCAGCGAGCAUUACUGGGAGGUCCGCUACGAGCCGAACAGCCUGGGCCGCUUGGAGCAGCUGGGCAAGACAGCCGCGUCCCGGUGCCUGCACAUCAACAACUGGCUGCAGGUCAGCUUCACGGCCAAGCACGCCAACAAGGUGAAGGUGCUGGACGCCCCGGUGCCCGACUGCCUGGGCGUGCACUGCGACUUCCACCAAGGCCUCCUGUCCUUCUACAACACCCGCACCAAACAGCUGCUGCACACCUUCAAGGCCAAGUUCACACAGCCGCUGCUGCCUGCCUUCACCGUGGUGUGGCAGCUUCCAGGUGACCAUGGGCCUGCAGGUGCCCAGCUGCGUGCGCUGCCUGCAGAAGCGGGGCAGCACCACCAGCAGCUCCAACUCCAGCCUCACCUAGGCCAGGCGCGCCACCACCCCCCCUAACCGCCAGCUGCCGCUGGGAGCCUUAACGCCUCACCAGGGGCCACUGUGAGGAAGUGGGCGCUUCCGGGGGAGGGGGGCUGCUCCCCACUCCCCUUCCAAUAAAGCUCAAAUACUGAAAAAAAAAUCCUAGACCAAGUGGGAUUGAUCAAUUUCAGUUCACAAUUGAUCAUACUGAUAGGUCUAAUAGUCAAAGGGAUCACAUAAACAAGACUAGUGUCUGCUAAUACUAACUGAUAGAAUAAAAAAGGGAGAGAACGAUCCAACAUGGGAUGCGGGAUACACAGCAGACUCAUAGAAUGGCAGAUGUCCUAAAUAGCACUCUGGCCUCAGAAUCAGCCCUUAAGGCAUUCAGAUCUGGCUGAAGAGCCCAUGAGAGUAUUUCAGGCAUGGAAAGCCAAGACACUCUGGGGAAAAAAAAAAAAAAGGACCUAAAUGAAAGAUCUCUGUGAGUGAGAUCCCAGUAGGAAGAACAGGCCAUCAAAGAAGGAGGUACCUUUCUCUGAAGGGAGGAGAGAACUUCCACAUUGACUAUGACCUUAUCUAAAUAUGAUCAGAGUCAGUGAACUCAAAAGGCUUCCACAGCCUUGGCAACUCAUGACUAGAGCCUGGGGAGAUUACUGAUGCCCUAAACAAGAGUGUCAAUUUUUAAGUCAACAACAGGAGUCACUGUGCACUUAUUCUUCAUGUAGGAUCUCUGUCCUUAAUGUGUUGUUCAAUGUGAAUUAAUGCUAUAAGUAGUACUCAAACAGUAUUUUACACUUUAUGUUCUGUGUGGGUGCAAACUGAUGAAAUCUUUACUUAAUAUACUAAAUCGAUCUUCUGUAUAUAAAGAGAAUUGAAAAUGAAUCUUGAUGUGAAUGGAAUGGGAGAGGGAGUGGGAGAUGGAAGGGGUGUGGGUGGAAGGUAAGUUAUGGGGGUGAAAAAGCCAUUGUAAUCCAUAAGCUGUACUUUGGAAAUUUACAUUUACUAAAUAAAUGUUUAAAAAUAAAAAAAGUAAAAAAAUGCGUGGAACUGGAAGACAUCAUGUUAAGUGACAUAAAGCCUGGUAGAGAAUGAUGAACACCCUUUAUGUGUCAUAUAUGAUCCCUAGCAAAUUGCUGUAAAUGGAAUUCUUCUCUUUACAUUACAGAUGGCAUAUGCCUAGUUUUUGUACUUAUGUACUACAAGUAAAAUAUAAACAAAUAAUGUUUUAAAGGUAUA